AAAGCCUCCCCCCUCUGUGAAACUUCUCGCUCCCAGACACACGCGCACACUCUCUCUCUACGAAGACGCAAGAAAGAAGUUGGAAAUGUCAAAGGCCUUUACACCUACCGACACCGCGACACGCCCUCCCCAAAGUUAAGACCCUUCUCCAAUAUCGGCGUUCCCGGCACCCACCACUCUUUUCCUCCGAAUAAUUCUGCUCACAAAUCUUUGUGUCUGCUCGGUGCUCAAGCUCUUUGCCUUGUCAAUGGAUUCGGGCUCUGGUUCUGGCGAGCCUAACAUCAGAGGGGUACCUACCCAUGGUGGAAGCUACCUUCAGUAUAAUGUGUACGGCAACCUCUUCGAGGUUUCCCGCAAGUACGUCCCUCCUAUACGGCCCGUUGGGAGAGGCGCUUAUGGGAUUGUUUGUGCUGCUAAGAAUGCGGAGACACAUGAGGAGGUUGCCAUUAAGAAGAUUGGCAAUGCUUUUGACAACAGAAUAGAUGCCAAGAGGACUUUACGAGAAAUUAAACUUCUUCAGCACAUGGAUCAUGAAAAUGUCAUUGUGAUCAAAGACAUCAUACGACCUCCACAAAAGGAGAACUUCAAUGAUGUCUACAUUGUUUAUGAAUUAAUGGACACUGAUCUUCAUCAGAUCAUACGUUCCAAUCAACAAUUGACAGAUGAUCAUUGUCGGUAUUUUCUGUAUCAACUGUUACGAGGGCUCAAAUAUGUACAUUCGGCAAAUGUUUUGCAUCGUGAUUUAAAGCCCAGCAAUCUGCUUCUGAAUGCAAAUUGUGACCUCAAGAUUGGAGACUUUGGGCUUGCGAGGACAACAUCUGAAACUGAUUUCAUGACUGAGUAUGUUGUUACUCGUUGGUACCGAGCACCAGAACUGCUCCUUAAUUGUUCAGAAUACACUGCAGCAAUUGAUAUUUGGUCGGUGGGUUGCAUACUUGGUGAAAUCAUGACAAGACAACCUCUGUUCCCUGGCAAAGAUUAUGUUCAUCAGCUGAGACUUAUUACUGAACUCAUAGGUUCACCGGAUGACUCCAGCCUUGGGUUUUUACGAAGUGAUAAUGCUCGAAGAUAUGUUAGACAGCUACCUCAGUUCCCAAGGCAACAAUUCUCAUCUAGAUUUCCAAAUAUGUCCGCUGGUGCUGUUGAUUUGCUGGAAAAGAUGCUUGUAUUUGAUCCAAACAGGCGCAUUACUGUUGGAGAGGCAUUGUGUCACCCAUACUUGGCACCUCUUCAUGAUAUCAAUGAGGAGCCUGUUUGCCUGAGGCCUUUCAGUUUUGAUUUUGAGCAACCAUCAUUUACUGAAGAAAAUAUUAAGGAGCUCAUCUGGAGAGAGUCAGUAAAGUUCAACCCAGAUCCAACUUAUUGAGGAUUAUGGGAUAAUCUGUUGUAUACACUCGCUUAGAAACCUGAUGAUUUGUACAACAAUCUGAACCAAUUGGGUCAUCCCAUGAAAAGGAUAAAAAGCUUGCCUGGACAUAUUGGAUUUACUGAAAAAUAGUCAUUAGAUGAUAUUCAUUCUAACUCUCCCAUCUUUUGGAUGUUUGUAAUUCGACUGUGUAAAUGAAUCAGAAGUGGAAGUUCUCUGAAGUUCCAAUCCCUCUUUGGUGCUGGUUCGUCCUUCUGCUGUAGGACUUGGGAGAUGAAGCUGGUACAUGAAACUGAUGCUGCUGGGAAAUUGUUUCAUUACAUUUCGAGCAUGCAGCGGUAAAGUGAAAUCUCUACAUUCAUGAACCCAAGAUUAUGAUGGUUGCAAAAUCUCUCACUCAUGAUUUUCUGAGUGUAUGAAAUAGUUAGCAUGGAUAUAAAGACUUGCUUUAAUUUGCUGGGUGACCUUAUCAUCUUUUCUCAUAUGUUUGUGAUAAUACCCCAAUGAAUCUGUAUGUAUUACCUCUCUUAAGCUUGUUUCUUGCUGUGGGAAUUUCUAUGGGAAACCUUUGUUGCCUAGUUAUCUCAA